AUGCUAGGCUAAAAAGACAGUCUUGGCACUUUUUUUUUAAGUUAUAUUUUUGGGGAAUUUUUGCCUUUAUUGGAUAGGAAAGCUGGAGAGAGACAGGAAAUAUGGGGAGUAGAGAGUGGGGAAGACAUGCAGGAAAUGGUCAACCGGCUGGGAGUUGAGCCGGCUACCUCUGCAACGAGAACUGUAGCUUCUAUACGAAGGGCGCUUAGACUGCUAGGACACCAGCGCCCCAUAGUCUUGGCACUUUUGUGUUAUCUUUUUAGCCUAGCAUAAAAGGAAUGCUAAUUGAAAAAGAAAAGUAUUUCACAGUUUCGACAUCCAUUGUAGCAGUGUUUAAAACAAUUGUAGCAGUGUUUAAAACAAUUGUAUUUAACUUUUUAAAGGUCACACUGAAGGCAGCGGCUGGUUGUGAUUUGUCGGCCGGGGCCCUCCUCCUCUUCGGGGGGUAACUGGUGACGGAGUCGGCGGGCGGAGCCGGUUUCCCUGAGAGAUAAAUUGUGUUCGGUACAAUUGGUGGAGUCGGGUACGAAACUGUCCUUUCGCUUCUCCUGUGAGGGACAGUUCACAGCUACAGCUUCACCCAAACAAAAGCGUUAAAAACACCACAGAUAAACCGAGGAAAGGGAUUUAACCGGAGAGAACAUGUCUGGAAAUAAAGACAGUGACGGAGGAUGGAGGACGUUUGUGUGGAACUCAGAGAAGAAGGAGUUUCUUGGACGAACAGGCAGCAGUUGGUUUAAGAUCCUCUUGUUCUACGUGAUAUUCUACGGGUGCUUGGCUGGGAUUUUCGUCGGGACCAUUCAGGCGCUGCUGCUCACAUUAAGCAACUACAAGCCCACCUAUCAGGACAGAGUCGCCCCUCCAGGUCUAUCACACACCCCUCGCUCAGAAAAAUCUGAAAUAGCCUUCACUAAGUCCGACCCAAAGAGCUAUGAGAAGUAUAUCUCCAGCAUGAAGGCCUUCCUGGAGGUGUAUAAGGAUGAGAGGCAGACCGAUCAGUCUAAAUUUGAAGACUGUGGAGGCUUUCCUCAGUCAUACAGGGACCGUGGACUUCUGGAAAGCGAGCAGGGCCAGAGGAAAGCGUGCCGUUUCAGCAGCAAACUGCUGGAAGACUGCGCAGGGGACAACGAUGAAACAUACGGCUUCAAGGACGGGAAGCCUUGCAUCAUCGUCAAGCUCAACAGGAUCGUCAACUACAGACCAAAGGCUCCCUCCAACAAUCAGUCACUUCCAGAUGCUCUGCAGGGAAAAGUAUCAAACAAUCUGAUCCCCAUCCACUGCAAAAAUAAGAGAGAGGAGGACGCAGAGAAGAUUGGCGAGAUCAAGUACUUUGGCAUGGGCCCAGGCUUCCCUCUCCAGUACUACCCGUACUACGGCAAGCUGCUGCACCCUCAGUACCUGCAGCCUCUCGUGGCCAUCCAGUUCACCAACCUCACCUUCAACGAGGAGCUCCGCAUCGAGUGCAAAGUCUACGGAGCAAACAUCCAGUACAGCGAGAAAGACCGCUACCAAGGACGCUUUGACGUUAAGUUCACUAUCAAAUCGUGACCUCAGCCGUGACGCGCACUACUCUUCAUUUUGACACAAAUCAAAUGUAGAGAGAAAUAAAAGAGUUCAGAUAAACACCACUAGUCUUUGAACAUUCAUAAUAUACAGGACCUACACUUAAUCUGUGUGCUUUACACUAGCUUUUUCUGUGUGUUUGUCAAGGGUUAGAAUGUAAAAUACAAGAGUAGCAAUAGCAAAUAUUUAUUCUACUGUACAUGAAAAUAUUCCUUGAGCCAUGGGAUGUGUUCAUCUAUUACUGUAAAACUGCAAUUCCACUACUGACGUGUAGCGAGCUGUGUUUCUGUCCCCAAAAUACUUCAUCCUGAUGUGGUCUCUAUAUAUUUUUGGAGUGUCCAGUGCUGUAGUCGAGUCCUGUUGUAACUUCUCCUGUCUUAUGUCAGCUUUAGUGGUCCAAGGUGUGUGUGCUCCGUGUCUGUGUGCAGGUGUGUGUUACUUUAUGUGAGUGCGUGGAGUGUGUGUUAAUGUGCUACGACUAACUGAAAUACUAGCAUGGUACUCUGAACCUUUACGGCCCAUGUUGAGUAAAUGACUGCGCUCCAUGGAACUUUUUGUUUUCUGUUUCUCUAUCCGAGUUGUGGAAGGGUACAUUCGUUCACCUUUUCUUUGUUGUUCACCGUAGCUGUAGGAUUUGGUUUAAUGGCAUUUCUGUUUGAUGCAUCUGUUCAUUCUUAACUCGUAGUGUAGAGCUUUGUGGGUCCAGCCUAGAGGACUGUCACCUCCAUGGAAACAGUGGCAACUCAGUGCUUUCAAAUCUGUUUGUGCUGGAGACAUCACAUGACGUGAUGCUACUUACUAUUGAAUGUUUUAGCCAUUUUCAUGGUGGAAGAAUUUUAUAUUUAUGCAGUUGUACAUUUUGUUUUCAAAGUUUAAUGUAAUGAAUCCAAUACCAAAGUCGCUGGUCAAAAAGAGUUAGAGAAUAUCAGAAGCAAUGCAGUAUCCCGUGUAAUAAGAUGUUUAGUUGGUGUGAAAAAUACUUAAUUCAAUGUUGAAGAUCAAAACACUUGUCAGGAGUCUGCUCUUGUCACUUUAUUUAAUCUGCAUAAGGCUGAAACAAUAAACAGAAACAUGAGACAACUGUGAA